AUGAAUGAAUGUUUUGUGCAGGUAGUCGUUUUGGGGAGCGGUGGCGUUGGGAAGUCAGCAUUGACCGUGCAGUUUGUAUCGAACACAUUCAUCGAGAAAUACGAUCCUACAAUCGAGGAUUUCUAUCGAAAAGAAAUUGAGGUUGACGGUCAACCGUGUGUAUUGGAAAUAUUGGAUACGGCAGGUACAGAGCAGUUCGCGUCGAUGCGUGAUUUAUAUAUAAAGAAUGGACAGGGAUUCGUUGUUGUUUACGCAAUAACAAGUCAACAGACAUUCCACGAUAUCAAGACGAUGCGAGAUCAGAUUGUUAGGGUCAAGGGUACGGAUCAAGUACCGAUUCUUUUAGUAGGUAACAAAUGUGAUUUGAUUCAUCAACGGCAGGUUCGAAACGAAGACGGUUUAGCGUUAGCCGAAUAUUGGUCGUGUCCAUUUACGGAAUGCUCAGCAAAGAAUGCCCAUAAUGUUAAUACGGUGUUUGCGGAGAUUGUGAGAGAGAUGAAUUAUGUUCAGAAUGCACGUACAAAACAGAGGCAAGGUUGUUGUUCAAUUAGUUAA